AUGCCUUCAUCCCUAGCUCGCAAGCUCUUGAUCUGCGCUGCUGUGGAUGGCCUCAUAAUUCAACCACUUGCACCCAAAGGUCAACGUGCUUCUCAGCCAGUAAAAGUCAAAUAUGGUGACUCGUCAGUAUCAUCGCUCUCGCGGGAUCAGCUCCCCGAUAUAAGCAAACCCAACUCGACUUUUGAGGCCUUUGGCAUUAUUGGUCUCUUCACAGUAUCCCGCCUAAGCUAUCUCGUAACCAUCACCGGCCGCCAACAAGUUGCCCAGAUUCGGGGAUAUCCAGUAUACGUCGUCACAGAUGUCGCUCUCACGCCGUGUACUUCUCAAGCCGAGGCCGAGUCCGCUGUGAGACAUACCAGCAUCCAGCUUCGACGUGCUGCACAGGCAAAAGACCAUAACGGCACUGACGAUGAGCUGUCGGGCUCUGAUACCGAGGCUGACGUUGCCUCGUUGUUGGGACAUGAUGAAGUGGACGAGGUGCAGAGCGAUCGCGAGAGCGUGUCUGGAGAGAGAGAAGGCCGAAGCUCCAUUGCUGAAGACGUGAUCAAGCGCAAGGGCAGCUACGGGCGGUUCGCUGAGCGCUGGUUCAGCCAUCGCGGAUGGGUACAAGAUCAGAAGCGGAACAUGGGUAUUAGCGGCGCAGCAGCCCAGAGUUCAGAGGCGCCCGUAGACAUGCAGGCGAAGAAGCAAGAAAAGGGAGAGAAGAAGUUGAGCAAUACGGUGAUCGCCGAAACAGCGAGCGACAAGGUGGGAAACGCCGUAUCGACAGGUGAAAGCUUGAUACCAAAGUUGUUGCGUAUGGCGCAUAUCUGGUUUGGCACUUCUCAAAGUUUCUACUUCAGUUAUGAUGUGGACAUAACCCGGAAUCUGGAGAAUCAAGGACUUUCUACUACCGGCGAUAUCCCACUCCAUCGAGCUGCUGAGCCGCUCUUCUUUUGGAACAGACAUCUUCUCCAGCCUUUUGCAGCCGCAAAAGAAGACUCACUUCUUCUACCACUCAUGCAGGGGUUCGUCGGACAGCGCGAAUUCACAGUAGAUCGACACCCUCCGCAAACGGAUAGCGACAAGGGAUCGGCCGGGAUGGAGAUGAAUGAUUUCACACCUACGGCAUCCGGCACUGCAUCUCCGACGCCCGAGCCAUCAGCUGGCAAGUCUGCCGGCCUGAGAUCUACUGAAAAACAAUUCUUGAUCACAAUAAUAUCGCGCCGAAGCAUUAAACGGGCCGGUCUGCGAUACCUCCGACGCGGCAUUGACGAAGAAGGUCAUGCUGCCAACAGUGUCGAGACAGAGCAGCUGCUCUCAAGUCCCGUUUGGUCAGAUUCUAGAAUUUUCAGCUUUGUUCAAGUCCGGGGCAGCAUUCCACUCUUCUUCACGCAGUCUCCGUACAGUUUGAAGCCUGCCGCUGUGAUACAGCAUUCCGAGCCGGCCAAUCUAAAGGCUCUCACACGGCAUUUUGAUCAGUUGCGCAAGCGCUAUGGCGGCAUACAAGUAGUGAACCUGGUAGAAAAGCAUGGCGUGGAAUCUGUCGUUGGAGGGGCGUUUGAGCAAAAUGUGAAGAAAUACAACGACGACAAGCAAGCUGAUACAGAGAAGGUCAAUUUCGAGUGGUUUGACUUCCAUUCUGCCUGUCGGGGCAUGAAGUUCGAAAAUGUCAGUCUGCUGAUUGACACCCUUGGUGCAGAGGUUGAGAGCUGGGGCAGCACGAUACAGGACCGCCCAGAUGCAAAGAACAAUAUUGGCGCUGGUACUUUGACAUCCACACAGAAGGGAACCCUUCGUACCAACUGUAUGGAUUGUCUCGAUCGGACAAACGUGUGUCAGAGCAGUUUUGCCAAGUACAUGCUUGAUUCACAGUUGAAGGACGAAGGGUUCGAUAUGACCAUCCAGGCUGACCAAACAACGACUUGGUUCAAUACUCUUUGGGCAGACAAUGGCGAUGCAAUCAGCAAGCAAUAUGCUAGUACAGCCGCAAUGAAGGGAGACUAUACUAGAACACGAAAGAGAGACUACCGGGGUAUGGUAAACGACCUCGGGCUGAGUUUGACGCGUUUCUAUAAUGGCAUGGUGAAUGAUUACUUUUCCCAAGCCGCCAUCGACUUCCUGCUAGGCAGCGUCACUUCCAUGGUCUUCGAAGAGUUUGAAGCAACAAUGAUGACCAAAGAUCCUGCCGUAUCCAUGACCAAAAUGCGUGAGCAGGCCAUUGAAACGUCUCAAAAGAUUGUUAUUGAAAACCCAGACUCUGAAGACGUUAUUGGUGGCUGGACGCUGUUGUCUCCGCAGCAGCCCGAUACGAUUAAGAGUUUCCCAUUUGAUGAAGUUGUACUGCUGCUCACCGAUGCAGCCUUGUACGUAUGCCGUUUUGACUGGAAGCUCGACAAGGUUGCCAGCUUUGAGCGGGUUGAUCUCGCGGAUAUCGUGAGCAUCAAAGUCGGAACGUACAUAACCUCCACGAUGUCUUCAACGCAAGCAGACGAAGAAAAGAACGUUGGAUUGGUCAUCACAUACGAGCCUGGGAAGAACCAUAUUCGACGUUUCAAUACAAGAACCUUGACAAGCACUGCCGGCUCUGCGCCAUCUAGCAGUGAUGCAAAGAGCGGUUCAGCAAAUGAAGACCUGAAAGACGGCGCAGGCCCCUCUGUAUCUGGUGGUAUUCUCGCUCCCAUCUUUGGUUCUUCGUCGCCCACCAAAUCGGGCAAGCCAAGCCAAGCUCAGAAGAGAAUCGCUCUCAAGGCUCUCUACGCACAGUCGUCCGAGAACGACGCUGGCGUCGCUAGGAGGGGCAGUCGUGUGCUGAGUGAGCAGGAACAGAUUGAGGUGCUGGCGUCUGAGAUCGAGAGGCAAGUCUUCAUCGCUCAACCGCUUAAUGAUACCCAAGGCAAUGCCGAGAAGAAAAGCAUAGUAGAGCGGCAAGACAUUAUCAGCCUUGCUGAAGCAAGGAAGAAUACUGGACUGCUAGAGACUUGGGGUCAUGCUGUCAAGAAGCUGGUAUGGGCGUAA